AUGGAGAUGAACUAUACCGAUGCAGAGAUGCAUCGCAUCGAGGAAGAACUACAUAUGGAGAUCUUACCUGGUACCGAGAUCAUGACGGAUGUGGGUAGUCAUCACUUCGUCAAAGGCCACAAUGGUGUUCUCGUACCUCAACCCUCCGCCGACCCACACGAUCCUCUCAAUUGGUCGAUGAAAUGGAAGUUCCUCGCCAUCACCUCUAGCAGUCUUGUAUCCUUCAGUCAAGGCUUCGGCCCACUUGCUCUCGCACCGGCCUUCGGAUACUACAUUGAAGCAUUUGACUGCUCGCUCGCUGAUGCCGUGCAGUUUACUGGUGUCAGUAUUCUCAUCCUCGGAUUCAGUAACUUCAUCUGGGUGCCACUUAGUUCGUCCUUCGGACGUCGAGUUGUCUAUAUUGCUAGUCAGUUGAUCUGUCUUGCUAGUAUGAUCUGGAGAGCUCAGGCAAAAACAUACGGCUCUUUCAUGGGUGCUUGUGUGCUGAACGGUCUCGGUGCUGGUCCUGCCGAGUCUAUCCAGCCUGCUGUCAUUGCAGAUGUCUUUUUCCUGCACAACCGUGGCUUCCAGAAUACGGUUUAUUGGACGGCAUACAUGGGUAGUUUGAUGGUUGGACCUAUCAUCUCAGGUGUCAUGUCAGAUCGCCUAGGUUGGCGUUCUUUCUGGUGGCUCAAUGUUGGCUUGGUCGCUGUGUCGCUUCUCAUGGUCAUCUUCGCCUUCCCUGAGACCAAGUAUCAUCGCCCUCAUCCCAACGAGAUUGCCACUCCCAGCAGCUACGAGGCCAACAACGCGACACCACCCGUGGCAGACAAGCUCCAGACUGGCCGAGUCGAAGACAUCGAAAUCCACCCGAUCGAAUCAAAAACCGGUAUGCCCGAGCUAGCAGCAACAAAAACUGCAGACCGCGACCCUUUCCUCGGAAAAGGAUACCCCUCCAAGUCACAGUGGAAGCUGUGGCAGUCAAAUGAGCACCCUUGGAAGAGCAUGGCCAUUGAUCUCUGGCUUCCCUGGAAGUUGUUCGCUUUCCCCAUUGUCGAGUUUGCUGCUUUCGUCUGCAGUUGGUCGUGCUCAUCUUUCCUUACUCUGAACUUGACACAGGCUCAAGCUUUUGCUGCACCGCCAUACAACUUUUCCUCUGAGGACAUUGGUUUCUUCAAUUUUGCCAUUCUCAUUGGCGCCAUUAUCGGUCUGGCCACAUCCGGAAAAUUGAGUGAUUGGGUUGCUGCCAGAGCCACAAAGAGAAAUGGAGGUAUUCGUGAGCCCGAAAUGCGUCUCAUAGCAAUGAUCCCCUACGUAAUCGUCAUGUACAUCGGCAAUAUCGUCGCCGCCAUCGGCAUGGAAAGAAAAUGGCCCUGGCAAGUCAUUGUCGUAAUCGCCUUUGGAGCAGCCGGCAUGCAAGUCGCCUCCAUCCCCUCGAUCGUAUCCACCUACGCCGUCGACUCCUACAAACCCGUCGCCGGACCCCUCUUCGUCGCAAUCACGGUGAACAAAAACGUCUGGGGCUAUGGAUUUUCCAAAUUCAUCACGCCUUGGGUUGAGAGUAGUGGUUUCAUUCCUCCGAUCAUGACGAAUGGUUCUUUGGUGUUGUUGUGGUGUUUGUUUGGUUUCUUGUUCUAUUACAAGGGAAAGACGUUUAGAAGAUGGUGA